AUGCAAUUUCUCAACUGUCUACCAUUAUUUGCUCUCUUUGCUCCAGCAAUUGCACAAGGCGUCAGCGUUUCAUGCGAGCGAAUCCCCUCGGCUACUUUGGAGUCGACACCAUAUUCUGUGUCGACGACUGCUAUCCUUGCCAAUGGGAAAUCAAUGCAAGGUGUUUUCGAGUAUUACAGAUCCGUGACGUACGUCAGUAACUGCGAUCCUGCUCUUACUGCAACUAAGAAAGACAGUCCUAUAAAUACACAGUAUGUUUUUUGA